AUGGGUUGCCUACUGGACUUGGUGGCUCGCUGCAACGACUACAUUCUCGAGGGCGUUUCUGGGGCCCAGGACUGGCUCCCGCUGCGGCGCAAGACGGACGGACAGCAGUUUGUCGGUCAGGUUCUCUCUCUCGGCGACGGCAGAACAUGGCUCGAUCGUCUGCUCACCGCGGGCCACAUCGAUCCCCCACCGGGUCAAGAUUCUGAUGCCGACAACGACAACGACAGCAAUACCUUUUACCGCGCUUUGCAGCGACUCCUCCGCCACGACAAUCUCGUCUCGAUCGCGGCCUUUGUUGCUGUGCAGCUACUGGAAAGCGUGACAGCACAAGUGGCAGUCGUCUGGGACCGAUGCGAUGCCGGUUCGCUGGACGUGCUGCUCCACGACCUACCGCGUAUGGCUGAGAUGGGCGUGUAUCGGGGCGUGGUUGGCUGCCGGGACGAGGGCACCGUCUACCUGCCCGAGUCGUUGUGUUGGCACGUCGUGCGAUCUGUCCUGCGGGCGCUCUCCUGGCUGCAUGAUGGCGACGGCAACCCGGUGCAGGACGGAUGGAUGCCGGUCCUGCACAAUGCCGUGCAACCGGCCAACAUCUUCUUCCAGCACCCGCGCGGACGCGAGACGUACGGUCUCUGCAAGCUGGGCAACUACUCGCGCUGCUUCGUGUCCGGCCACAUUGUCGGGCCGCACGCACGCAGAUCCCUGGCCAUGAAACCACCCGUCGCACUCGCGGCUGCUCCAAAUCCACUCUCCGUGCAGGCCAACGACUUGGUGACGCGUGGCACCGACAUGGCUGCGCUCGGCGAGGUGCUGCACCAUAUGAUGACCGGUCGGCCCUGGACAAGCGCAGCCAGAAAACUGGACGACCAGCACAACGAGGCCCGGGACAAGGACGUCGCAACGGAUGCUAACGCAGGACUCGAGGGCCAGACAGAAGCAGAGGACGGCGACAAAUACACGCAUCAGCUGGAGCUGUUUCGAAGGCGCCUGCUCCAGUUCGCAGACCUGCAGAACUGCCCGGCCGAAGCUGGCACAGCAGCCAUGCUGCUCGAACAGGCCCGUCUCGGCUUCGAGGCUUGGCGCAGCAGCACGCUCGAUGGCCGGCAGCACGUCUAG